CCUCCUCCCUACCUACUGGGACGCUGGGGAGGGGGCUGUGCCGGGCGAGAACUCAGCCAGGAUUCGGAGGAUGGUAAAUAACGCUGCUCAUCUCUGGAAAUAAUAUUGAUCCGCCUCAUGUAAAGUAUGCUCAGUUCCUUUCCAGUGGUUUUGCUGGAAACCAUGUCUCACUAUACAGAUGAACCUAGAUUUACCAUAGAGCAGAUAGAUCUGCUUCAGCGCCUUCGACGUACUGGAAUGACUAAACAUGAAAUCCUCCAUGCCUUGGAAACUCUGGACCGUCUUGAUCAAGAGCAUAGUGACAAGUUUGGAAGAAGGUCCAGCUAUGGAGGAAGUUCAUAUGGGAACAGUACCAACAAUGUUCCAGCAUCUUCCUCUACAGCAACAGCUUCCACACAGACCCAACAUUCGGGAAUGUCCCCGUCACCUAGCAACAGUUAUGAUACCUCCCCACAGCCUUGCACUACCAAUCAAAAUGGGAGGGAGAAUAAUGAGCGAUUGUCCACAUCCAAUGGAAAGUUGUCACCAACUCGCUACCAUGCAAACAGCAUGGGUCAGAGGUCAUACAGUUUUGAAGCCUCAGAAGAAGACCUAGAUGUAGAUGAUAAGGUGGAAGAAUUAAUGAGGAGGGACAGCAGUGUGAUAAAAGAGGAAAUCAAAGCCUUUCUUGCCAAUCGGAGGAUUUCCCAAGCAGUUGUUGCACAGGUAACAGGUAUCAGUCAGAGCCGGAUCUCUCAUUGGCUGUUGCAGCAGGGAUCAGACCUGAGUGAACAGAAGAAGAGAGCAUUUUAUCGCUGGUAUCAACUGGAGAAGACAAACCCUGGGGCUACACUAAGUAUGAGGCCGGCUCCCAUUCCAAUAGAGGACCCUGAAUGGAGACAAACGCCUCCCCCAGUCUCUGCCACAUCUGGUACCUUCCGACUACGACGAGGGAGUAGAUUUACCUGGAGAAAGGAAUGCCUGGCUGUCAUGGAAAGUUACUUCAAACAGAAUCAAUACCCAGAUGAAGCAAAAAGAGAAGAAAUUGCAAAUGCUUGCAAUGCAGUUAUACAGAAGCCAGGCAAAAAACUGUCAGAUCUGGAACGAGUUACCUCCCUGAAAGUAUAUAAUUGGUUUGCUAACAGACGGAAGGAGAUCAAGAGAAGAGCCAAUAUCGAAGCAGCAAUCCUGGAGAGUCAUGGGAUAGAUGUACAGAGUCCGGGAGGCCACUCCAACAGCGACGAUGUCGACGGGAACGACUACUCCGAGCAGGAUACUUGGCAAGUGCGCAAUGGGGAGGAGGAGGAGGGAAGAAGUUCAGAGGGAGGCAGAGAAGCAGAGAAGGAUGACAGCACGAGCCAUAGCGACCACCAAGACCCCAUCUCAUUAGCUGUGGAAAUGGCAGCAGUCAACCACACUAUCUUGGCAUUGGCCCGACAAGGAGCCAGCGAAAUCAAGACAGAGGCCCUGGAUGAUGACUGAUCAGGGAGAGUUAAACGUGACCAGUUAACUUAGUUUAGAUGUAGCACCUUAGCAGACUUUCCUCGGUCCUUAACAUGUGUUCUUACAGUAUAACUUGCAGUUUCUUGUAUGUCAGGUAGCCGUUAGGGUCUUGUUCUGUGAAGAUGGCAUGGUGCCCUCAGCCUUUGCAUAUACUCUCUCAGUAUUAAUCCCCAGUUAAUAAUAACCAACCAACCAACCAACCAACCAACCAGACUUCCCUCUCCCAGCCCCUGAGGCUAGAAAAUCUUGCUGCUCCGUCUUAGCAUUCCAAGAAAGUGCUUCCAGGUAUUUAGAUAGCCCUCAGUUCUCAAUAUUAGGCUACGUGUAAAAUCUUGGGUACCUUUAGAUUCAUGUAACACUAGUCUGUACCCCAUUUUCCUUCCUCAAGACUGAUAGGAUGCAAGCUGAGGUAGUGGCACAGGAUUGACAGAUACCGUUUGGGGAGUAUCCACAGAGUAAAAGGAACACUAGAAUCCCCACCUCAGCAUGAGAAUAAUUGAUUUCCAGCUGCAAUAAGCCGUGCCUCAUUAUAGUCACAGUGUGGCUAGAUUAUUCUUCUUUGGGUGCUGUGCUGAGAAUGUCAAUGGAAAAACUCGAUCUCAGAUUUUGGUUGAUGUUAACAUGCCUGACACAGACAUCCUUUCCUCUCACAAGCUGUGUGACUUAGUAGAUAAAAUACUGCCUUCUGCCUUUGGGACCAUGAUUUAAAACAAAGACAAAAAAACAAAAGUCAUAAAAAAGCAGAACCCAGCUUGAGAGCAUUGGGGGAAAAAAUAUAUAGAAGCUGAAUGUGUAACGGAGGCUAAGUCCAUUCUCAGAACCAGUGUAUGUUCCAUGGCACAGUUACCAGUGCCUACCUGGAAAAGUUCUGGAGGUCACCGUGGAAGUUGCUUUGCCUCCUGUCGGUGUUCCCUUUCUCCUCCU